CGUAAUUGAAAAUUGUUGCUGUUAGAUUACAGAAAGCCUACAUUAGUUUUGUAUGUAGGAAUAGUUCAUUACCAGAAAGAUAACCUGAAAAAUAAUCAACGAAUAUUCUGAAACUGCAGAAUGAACCUUGAUUGCAUAAGAAAAACAUGUUGCUACAUUUUUAAAAAUCUCGGAAAGAAAGUUGGACAACAUCCAUAUUGCUUUAUUAUCUUACCAAUGAUACUUUCUGUUACUUUAUCCAUUUUUAUCAGAAGAUUAACACCAAGUGAGACAUUUAAUGAUAUAACAAAUCCGGAUAAAGGACAAUUUUUUAACACUAAGAAAUAUGUAGAAAAUACCUUUUUAUAUAACUCAUCUCAAUUUUCUGAUCAAAUAAGAAUUCCUCAUUUACCCAAUUGUCUGAUAAUACAAAUCUCGAAACGAGAUGAAGGAAACAUGUUUACAAAAAACGUUCUUUCAGAAGUGAAAUUGGUCGAUGAAAUCAUACAAAAUACAACGUUAGAAAUUGAUGGAAAGCUAAUAAAAUAUUCAGAUGUCUGCACAAAUAUGCACAAAAAAUGCUUUGAAAAUCCUAUUAUUGAAGUGAUAUCAGAAGUGGGAAUAGAUUUCUUACUACAAAAGAGAAAGAAGCUGAAGUAUCCUGUAGAUGUAGAUUUGUUGUCUUUUACCUACAGAGCCUACUUUUUAAAUUUAGGAGGAGUUACAGAGGAUUAUCACAACUUCGUAAAAGAAGUAAAUGCCAUUGCGCUUAUUUAUGUAACUGAUGACAAAAAUAAAGUAAAAAUGGAACUGUUCAAAAAAUGGUCAACUCGUGUUUAUGAGAUGAUUCAGAGAUAUCAUUUUAUAAAUGUCAAAGUAGUUCCAAGUUCUCCAUUAGCUAUAGAAAGAGGAUUUGAAAGUGAAUUUGAAAAAAUAAAACCAAAAAUAGGAGGUUUAGUCGCAAUUAUGAUUGUAUUUUCGAUAUUUCUUAACAUGAGUAAUAGCUGGAUGAGAAGUAAACCUCUUCUUGGUUUAGCGAGUGUAAUCAACGCUGGUUUGGCCGUUGUCUCAUCUUUUGGAUUGAUGGCUGCAUCGGGUGUAGAAAGUACUUACUGGAAUGUUACCAUUCCAUUUUUAGUGCUUGUGACCGAAAUAGACGAUGCUUUCGUAAUAAUAGCAUGUUGGAGGAUCACUGAUUCCAAACAUUCAGUUCAAAAACGCAUGGAAGUAACGUAUGGCGAAGCAGGAAUUACCAUCACGUUGACUUCACUUACUAAUUUUAUUUCGUAUUGCAUUGGGAUGAUGGCUCCUUUUCCCUUCAUCCGAAUAUUCAGUUAUUAUACUGCUACUUGUAUAAUGUUCAAUUUUAUAUAUCAGAUAACGUUUUUCGGAGGAUUAUUGGCGUUGAGUGGAUAUAGAGAAGCUAAAAAUGUUCGUUCCGGAAAAUUUGUUAGAUGUGAACAAAGCGAUGAAUAUCCUGAACAGAAUAAUAACAACGAAAAAGAAUUUAUAAUGGUACUUUUCAGAGAUAUAUUAGGAAAUACAUUAUCCAAUCCUCUGAUGAAGAUAAUUAUCAUUGUAAUUUAUAUCAUUAACUUAUCAUUUGGAAUUUGGGGUACAUUUUACAUUGAGGAAGGUAUUAAGUACGAAAAUUUAUUUCCAGAAGAUUCUCUAAUUACACAAGCAAUUAAUAAUAAUUUCAAGUACUUUACGCGUUACUCAUAUCCGUUUCACAUAAUUAUUAAUGAAACGUUGGAUUACUCAGAUAUAAAAGUACAAAAAUCGAUAGAAACUCUGUUGACUAAAUUCGAGAAUCAUCCAAAUAUUGCUGGAGAAGAAUUUACUGUGUCAUGGUUGAAAUUCUACAAAGAAUUUCAGAAAAGUCCGGUAGCAAAAUUUUCAUUACAAGGCUACAAUAUGUCAAACAAGCAAGACUUUAUCGAUGGACUUCGCGAUGUGUUCUUUAAUAUCCGAGCAGCCCAGUCUCUCUCGAAUGAUGUCGUUUUUAACAGUAACAAUACCGACAUCUUAUACAGUAGGUUUUUUAUUAUGGGAAAGAAUUUGAAUUCGUCACACACGGAAAAAGAUGCAUUAAGAGAUUUAUUGAAAAUUGCUGAGGAAUCCGAAAUUUCUGUACUACUGCAUUCUGUUAAGUCAGGUAUGAUUGAACAAGGAAUUAUCAUUGGACAAAUGAUUCAACAGUUGUUUUGGAUUACUGCUGUACUAAUUACAGCAAUUUUUCUAUUGUUUGUACCGAAUUUAUUAAUCGCAAUUAUUGUUGCAAUAUCUGUGGUUUGUUCAAUGGUAGAAACUUUAGGUUACAUGUCCUUAUGGGGCGUCAACUUGGAUAUUAUAUCAAUGAUGAGCCUUAUUCUGUGUGUGGGAUUUAGCGUGAAUUAUCCUGCUCAUAUUACGUAUGCUUAUGUUAUAUCACCAUGCGCAACACCAAACGAAAAAUUAAAAGAUUCUCUAUAUCGUAUAGGUUUUCCAAUACUUCAAGGAUCAUUGACUACGGGAUUAGGAAUAUUGAUAUUAUAUUCCAAUGUAUAUUUUCUUUCCACAUUUGCAAAAAUUGUAAUUCUUGUUGUCGUAGAAACUUCUUUUCAUGCGUUGUUCUUUAUUCCUGUUGUUCUUUCCAUCAUUUAUACCAUUUUCAAAAAGUUGAAAUUGGUUUCUUGUUAAAUUGGGAAUGAUAAAUAAUCUCAUUGAUAUUUACAUUUUUAUCGGAAUUUGAAUAUAAUUGAUUUCUUUCAAUCCUCAAACAGACAAAAAACAUUUCGAUAAAUUUCGAAUAAUAUGUGUAUUAAACUCCUCAGAAUAAUAUUUUGUUAUGAAAUACUGAUAACAAUUUACUGUUGUCUUGUAUACGUUUUAAUUUCAAUCGAAGUAACUGAAAUAUGGCAAUUGAAGCUCUAGUGUAAGAAUAAUUAAUAUAAAAAUAAUAUAAAUAACAUUUUUAACGGUCCAGCAAAAUGUUUAAUUCGAUAAAAACGUUUUCGACCGAUUUUAGCGGUUUUCAUCAGUUAUUCUAGUAAUAAAAAAAAACAAAGCAUUCGAAUUUAUGUACUAUAAAAAUUGAGCAAACUCAAACCGCGGUUGAAAACAUCAUCGGAAAUGCGGUUGUGGGUUAUUCAAAAUUUUAAAAAUACAAAAUGAAUGAAAAGUACAAACAAAUAAAUGUAAAAAAAUAACAGUGCCUUCCACGAUGAUACAUAUGGUAACUAGCGUUAUUAUGAAAGAACUUCCAAGCAGUGGAUAAUCCAUCAGCAUACCUGUGAUUAAUGCAUUUCCUGGUAAUAUGUUCUUCGUGUAUCUCUAUUUUUUCAAGAUGCCUCACAGCUUGUGUAGAUCUCGUAGAUCUAAUGAUUGCCGCUCGAUCCCAUAAUACGGUGAUAUCUUGUUGUUUUGCAGACGCUGCAAGUACAGUAUCAUCAAUGCUCCUACAUAUAGUGUAUUUGUGUUCAUUUAUCAUUUGUUAUAAGCUUCGCAUAGUUGCCCCAAUAUACACAAGGUCGGAGUUAAAUCGAUUAUCUUUUAUAGGGGUAUAGAAUAAAUAUACCCCUGUCAUGUUAUUUCGUCAAUCCUUCCUCUUAUCAUUCCUUAACAAUCUGUACACAGUUGGAUUGCGCCGAUAUAUUAUUCGUAGAUUAUUAUUGUUGGCAACCUUCCUAAUCAUUUUGUUUAGAAUUGGAAAAUAAUUAAGUACCACAUUUUUUCUUUGUUCAGCUUCGGGAGGUUGCCGGUUUUGUUUCUGUAGUCUCUUAAUAAGUACUUCGACCUCUCUUCUGUUGUAUCCUUGUUGUACCGCUGUCCUCCGUAUGUAAUUUAAUUCUUCAUAGGUACCAUAUAUAUUCGUGCAAUGGGUGUACGCUCUUUUAUUCCAUGGUCGAAAAGCUGCAAACUUAAUGUGCUUAGGAUCUGUAGAAUUCCUUGGAAUGAUAAUGAAUAGCUAAACCGGUUUGCGAUAUAUACCUGUCCAUAUCUCUCCUUCUUUGAACGUGAUCGAUACAGCUAGGAAGUUAACAUUAUUUUCACUUUCUUGCUCCAAAUCCAAUGCCAACCCAAAUGGGUUAUUGUUGACCGUGUUUAUAAAACGCCGUGCUUUGUCAUCAUUUCUCCACAAGAUGAAAAUGUUGUCAACAUAUCUGGACUAUACUAUUAUGUCUUUAAAGAAUAAUUAAUACUUUAUCCUAAAAUAACUGUUAGAAAAUAAUAUGUUUAAUGGUAACGUUAGAAUAUUACAUGAAAUUAUGUAAAAUUCACGUAUACGCCCGCUGUUUAUAUACAUGGAUUUCCAAAAGUUUAGUUAUAAUUAACAAAACUUAUCCACGUUUGUUUACUUUAAUGAAUUUUAUAGAUUCACAAAUAUUUAGAAUUUGAUAUGUGAAUACUUAUUAGUACAGUAAAGGACUGUGUAUAAUUGAUUCCAUACAAACCGUAACUUCAAUAAAGAGAAAAAGUAUUCUGUUAAAUUCUGUUAAAGAUCGAAAAAUUUUAAAUGUGGAAAUAGAAUACAGUU